AUGGAGGAAGAUGGGCCGGCCCAGAGCUAUAUUCAUUUCAACCAAAUAGAAACACUACAGCCGGAGACGUUUGGAGACCUUGUGAAAUUAGAAAGACUGUUUUUGCAUCACAACAAAUUAUCGAAAGUCCUGCCUGGGAGCUUUUCUCAUCUGGAUUCAUUACAGAGGCUGCGUCUGGAUUCCAAUGCUCUGGUUUGUGACUGUGAUUUAAUGUCGCUGGGGGAACUCCUGCGAGGCUAUGCCCAAAAUGGCCAGAUUCAGGCUGCUGCCACAUGUCACUAUCCCCGAAGGCUCCAGGGACGCUCCGUUGCUUCCGUAACAGUAGAGGAAUUCAACUGUGAGAGUCCUCGAAUUACUUUUGAGCCCCAGGACGUGGAGGUAACAUCAGGAAACACUGUCUACUUCACUUGCCGGGCAGAAGGAAACCCCAAACCGAAGAUUAUUUGGAUACAUAACAACCAGUCAUUGGAUUUGGAUGAUACUAGACUUAACAUGUUUGCUGAUGGGACUCUCAUGAUCCGAAACACUCGUGAGUCAGACCAGGGUGAAUACCAGUGCAUGGCCAGAAACUCCGCCGGGGAGGUCAGGACCCAGAACGCGGUGCUCAGACACUCCAGUCCUCCAGCCAAGCCCAGGUUUAUAACCCAGCCCCAGGACACAGAGGUUUUGGUUGGCAUGAGUAUAACUUUGGAGUGUGUGGCCACAGGCCACCCACACCCACACAUUACUUGGAGGAGAGGCCGCGGAGAGGCCCUGGAUGCAUCCAGGCACCUGGCUACUUCCGGAGGACUGUACUUGCAGAACAUCACCCUACGGGAUCACGGUCCAUUUACCUGUCACGCUGACAAUACUCAAGGCUCUGUUCAAGCUACAGCAAACAUAAUUGUACAAGCUCCUCCACGAUUCACAAUAAUUCCCAAGGAUCAAAUGGUGCUAGAAGGACAUUCUGUAGAAUUUCUCUGUGAAGCUGAAGGCAACCCACCUCCGAUAAUUGCCUGGACCAAAGCAGGAGGCCAGCUCCUUCAGGAAAGUCCACGUACAGUUCUCUCCUCUGGCACUUUGAGAAUUGACCACACGGCACAUCAUGAUGAAGGCCAAUAUGAAUGUCAGGCAGUCAGUCCAUUGGGAGUGAAAAAAGCAUCUGUCCAGCUGACUGUGAAACCCAAAGCUUUUCCAGUGUUUACUCAACCACCUCAGGACACAAGUGUGCAGGUUGGCAAGAAUGUAAACAUUUCGUGUCAUGCUCAGGGAGCACCACAGCCCGUGAUCACGUGGAAUAAGGCGGGUGUUCAGGUCACGGAGAGUGGUAAAUUCCACAUCAGUGGUGAAGGCACGCUCACCAUCUAUGAUGCGGGGCCAGCCGACCACGGGAGAUACGAGUGUGUGGCUCGGAAUGCGUUUGGCUUUGUCGUGGCCCCCAUGUUUCUCACGGUCGUUGUUUGUGUUGGAAGCGAGAGUCUAUCUCUGGGCAGACCCAGGUGGCCACCUCAGCCACGGCCAUGGAAAUGGAGAUGGGCCAUGAUGGACGCCAAGGUCUCCGCGGGGAAGGCGUUCAAACAGCACAGCGCGUGGGGACCUGUGACAAUCCAGGGUAGACAAGCCGGCGAUGACUUUGUUGAAUCAUCCAUUCUUGACGCCAUACAGAGGGUUGACAGUGCAAUUAACUCCACGCAAAGACAUUUGUUUUCACAAAAACCUCGCACCCCGGGUGAUCUGCUGGCUCUGUUUCAUUAUCCGCAUGACCCGUUUACCCUGGAGACGGCGAGAGCCGGGGAGAUUUUUGAGCACACACUUCUGCUGAUCCAGGAGCAUGUGAAGCAGGGGCUCGGUGUUGGUGCUCAGGGCAGAGAAUUCCGCUACAACGACCUGGUGUCCCCGCACGCCCUCAGCCGCAUCGCCAACCUGUCCGGCUGCACGGCGCACAGGCGGGCGCCCGACUGCUCGGCCCUGUGCUUCCACCGCAAGUACCGGGCGGCGGACGGCGCGUGCAACAACCUGCGGCACCCCGCGUGGGGCGCGUCCCGCACCUGCGGCGGGCCCUGCUUCCUGGCUGGGGACCACCGGGCCAACCAGCAGGUGGCGCUCACCGCCCUGCACACGCUGUGGUUCCGGGAGCACAACCGCGUGGCCACCGCGCUGGCCGCGCUGAACCCCCACUGGGACGGAGACACCCUGUACCACGAGGCCAGGAAGGUCGUGGGCGCGCAGCUGCAGCACAUCACCUACAGCCACUGGCUGCCCAAGAUCCUGGGGGACCCCGGCAUGCGGAUGCUGGGGCGCUACCGGGGCUACGACCCCGACGUCAACGCGGGCAUCGCCAACUCCUUUGCCACCGCCGCCUUCAAAUUCGGCCACACGUUCAUCAGUCCCGUCCUGCAGCGGCUGAACGACACCUUCGGGGAAAUCCCCCAAGGCCACCUGCCGCUCCACAAAGCCUUCUUUGCCCCUUCCAGAAUAAUCGAGGAAGGCGGGAUAGACCCGCUCCUCCGGGGGCUGUUCGGCGCAGCCGCGAGGCUGCGGGUGCCUUCGCCGCCGCCCAGCCUGGAGCCGACCGAGCAGCUCUUCCGCUCCGCGCGCUCCGUGGCCUUGGACUUGGCAGCCACCAACAUUCAGAGGGGGCGGGACCACGGCCUCCCUCCCUACGCCGACUUCCGAGUGUUCUGCAACUUGAGCUCGGUGGAAAGUUUCGAGGAUCUUCAAAAUGAAAUUAAAGAUGCAGGGAUUCGACAAAAACUGGAAAAGUUGUAUGGCAGUCCAGGCAGCAUCGACCUCUGGCCCGCCCUCAUGGUGGAAGACCUGAUCCCUGGUACGAGAGUGGGACCAACCCUUAUGUGCCUGUUUGUUACCCAGUUUCAGCGGCUAAGAGAUGGAGAUAGGUUCUGGUACGAGAACCCCGGAGUGUUCACCCCUGCGCAGCUCACGCAGCUGAGGCAGGCGUCCCUGGGCCGCGUGCUCUGCGACAACGGCGACAACAUCCGGCAGGUGCAGGCCGACGUCUUCGUGACGGCGCAGUACCCGCAGGACUACCUGAGCUGCAGCGAGAUCCCGCAGGUGGACCUGCGGCCGUGGCAGGACUGCUGUGAAGACUGUAGGAGCAGAGGACAGUUCAGAGAAUUCACAGAAGAAUCUCGAAAGAAACGCUCUGCUCAGUACAGCUAUCCUGACGAGAAAGAAAAGAACUUACAUGACCCAAAUCGGGGGCAACAAGAUCACCUGUAUGCAGAUGAAGACGGUAGAAAUGUGACCCUUCUGGCAAGAGCGAAGUUCGCACAAGAUUUCAGCAAUUUUGCAACAGAAAUUCAAAACACCAUCAAAGCUCUCAGAGAACAGAUAAACAAGCUGGAGGCGCGCCUCGGGCAGGCGGGGUGCACGGAUGAUGAAGGGGUUUGGAGGAAGGACCGGGAGCGCUGGGUGAAAGAAGAGGGCGUUCGCUGCACCUGUAAGAGUGGCCAGGUCACCUGCGUGGUGGAGACAUCCCCUGGCGGCACGCCCCAGAAUUGAGUUGGUGGAAGGAACCUGUUGUCCAGUUUGUUGAGAUCCGGCGAUGCCAGCUGAGCCCCCAGAAAAACGCUAACCAGGGUCAUGGCUCUGACCCUGGGCGGGGACGUUCUCAGGAAAAGGCAGUCGGGCACAUAGGACUUCAGCCCUUUUCACCUGCACACUCCCGGCACAGAAAUCACUGACAAAUUAGUUCAUUUAACUCGUCAACGUACUGAAGAUCUUGUAUCUUUUCAUCUUCUAAUAUACCUUGAAGU